AUGAUGGCAUCUUCAAGACAUGGGGUAAAGGCGACCCUGCGUGGCGCCUUUCAACACAUUCAAGGCGAGAAAUGGCAGCCGCUAGAACAGCAGUUUCGGUCGCUACGAUUAACCCAGUCUCGCACCACGGGCCGGAGGUGUAUGUCCACCGAGACUAGUUUGACCGAAAGGCAAUCCUUCCGCGCAGCUCGGGAAUUCGACCUUGACAACCUGGCGAGCCAGCUCAAGACCGUUAAACAUGCUCGCGCGGUACCCGUAUCGCCGUCAUACUUUUCGCGCUCUCCCAGGUUCAAUGACCGCUACCUUGGCCUCGAGAAGCUGAUGAGGAUGUACGGGAAUCUUCCAACGGUCCCGGCCGCCGAUGCUGGGCGAGUUGCGUGGAUGUCUUUGGCCGACAUCAAGCAGGCCUGGGGCGAGUCUGUGAAGGCGACCGACUAUGCCAAUUGCCUCAUCAUUCUCAAGAGAUUACACCAGAUUCACCCGGAUUUGAAGCCGCCGGAGGUUACUAGGGCGCUGGACGAGUUCAAGCGUGAUAUUCAAGCAUUUGAUAAUGAGCCUUCCCCGAUACUCAUCGACAGGUAUGGGCGAGCCCUUGGCGUAGGAAAGCGAAAGUCGUCGACCGCGCGGGCGUUCGUUGUCGAGGGAGAUGGCCAGGUCCUUGUCAAUGGCAAGACUCUGGCCAAUUACUUUGGACGCGUACAUGACAGAGAAAGCGCGGUUUGGGCUCUUCACGCGACCGAUCGCAUGGACAAGUACAACGUUUGGGCUCGGGUUGAAGGAGGCGGAACUACUGGCCAGGCGGAAGCCCUCACGCUGGCGAUCGCGAAAGCCCUCAUGGCCCAUGAGCCCGCUCUUAAGCCCGCAUUAAGGAGAGCCGGCUGCGUCACACGCGACCCGAGAACGGUGGAGAGAAAGAAGCAUGGGCGCCCCAAGGCAAGAAAGGGGCCUACUUGGGUGAAGAGAUAG